GUUUUGCAUGAUUAUACUCGCGUCUCACAGGAAGGCAACUGGAAGUUUUGGUCACCCAGCAGUCUGCCUAGAGUCAUCAUGCGAACAUCUCCGAAUGUGAUCAUCACAGGAACCCCUGGUGUUGGGAAAACAGUCCACUGCGAACAACUAGCACAAGAUACCGGUCUGCGACAUCUGUCAAUCAAUCAGGUCGCAAAAGACCGGGGUUGCUUCGAGAGUUAUGAUGAGGAGUUAGAAACUUGGAUUGUGGAUGAGGAUAAGCUGCUGGACGCUGUUGAAGAUGAAAUGCUCCAAGGGGGACUCUUGAUUGACUGGCAUGCAUGUGACCUAUUCCCAAAGUCUUGGAUUGACCUAGUUGUGGUUUUGCGAUGCCCGUCUACUUCUCUUCUAUAUGACCGUCUUUCAUCAAGGGGAUAUAAGCAAGCGAAGCUACAAGAAAAUUUAGACGCGGAGAUUUUCGGUGUCCUAUUCGAAGAAGCCCGUGAAGCCUUCGAUGAAGAAGUCGUGGUUGAGCUCACUAGCGAAAAGGACGACGAUGUAGAGGAAAAUUGCAGAAGAAUUUCAUCUUGGGUAUCCUCUUGGAUCGACCAAAACCUCAAUACGAACUGAAAUAUUCCAGACAUGCACCGCCUAUCAACGUCAUUCGCCCAGGAGUUGAGAAAUCAGGAUUUUUCCUGGACAAGCCAACGCUGCAAUUUCUCCAAAGCUUUAUACCUGUGCGAUAUUUGGUUCUAGCUGUUGUUAGCGAGGAAGUCACGGACGGAGGGGCCACGUCGGGGAAAGACCAAGGAAAAGGAGAAAAGGCUAGGAAGGUAGAGGUUGGAACGCUAGAUCGGGAAUUACCUUCUCCUCUUUGUCCAUUUCAGCAUAUGUUUUCCCUUCAUACUCGAAAAUUGGAUCCCAACCUAAAGAAAAUAUAUAAGCUGGAGAUUCCGGACGUAGCAGGGAGAGAUUUUGUGUACCAAAGUUUGAUGGACCUCUCG